UCGCGAGAGACUUCGUUCUCAUGCUCGCUGCGGGGGUCGGAGGUCAGAGCGAGCGUCUCGCGGGCCGUAGGAGGAAGAUGGCGGUGGAGUCGCGCGUUACCCAGGAGGAAAUUAAGAAGGAGCCGGAGAAACCGAUCGAUCGGGAGAAAACGUGCCCGCUGCUGCUGCGUGUUUUCACCACCAAUAACGGCCGCCACCACCGAAUGGACGAAUUCUCCCGCGGAAACGUACCGUCCAGCGAACUGCAGAUCUACACUUGGAUGGAUGCAACUUUGAAAGAACUGACUAGUUUAGUAAAAGAAGUCUACCCAGAAGCUAGAAAGAAGGGCACACACUUCAAUUUUGCAAUUGUUUUUACAGAUCCUAAAAGGCCUGGCUAUCGAGUAAAGGAGAUUGGCAGCACCAUGUCUGGGAGGAAGGGGACUGAUGACUCCAUGACCCUGCAGUCGCAGAAGUUCCAAAUAGGAGACUAUCUGGACAUAGCAAUCACCCCUCCAAAUCGGGCACCGCCUCCUUCAGGGCGCAUGAGACCAUAUUAAAUUUUAUUUACUAUUCCUUGAAUUAUUUUUCGUUCAGUUAUGUAAAAUAAACUUUUUCCUCCCCUCGUCAUUGCCAUUAAGCCUUUAAACUCUAAACGAAUUGUAAUGCGUCUCCUUAGGAAUUAGAUUUGGCUGUGUUGGGUGUUAACAGAACGUCCAUGUUUCUGGUCCUUCCAUAAAAUGAUGAAGAAAAGUGCUCUUAGCAUCCGAUGUAAAACUGUAUUGUCAAAUACAUGUGUGCAAUCAA